GGCGGCGCGAGCCCGGAAGCGGACGGGGGCGGUGGCGGAGGCUCCUCCGGCCGGCCGGGGUUGCAGCUCCGUCCUCCCCACUCGCGGCUCCCCGCGGCCCGUGGCGUGGACAAAGACAUGCAGUCCCCGCCCCCGGAUCCGCUGGGCGACUGCCUGCGCAACUGGGAGGAUUUGCAGCAGGACUUCCAAGGUAUCCAGGAAACACAUCGCCUGUACCGCCUCAAGCUAGAGGAGUUGACCAAACUCCAGGACAACUGCACAAACUCCAUCACACGCCAGAAGAAGCGGCUUCAGGAGCUAGCCUUGGUGCUGAAAAAAUGCAGAUCCUCUCUCCCAUCCGAGUCCAUGGUGGCCGCACAGGAGCUGGAAAACCAGAUGAAAGAGCGCCAAGGCCUCUUCUUCGACAUGGAAGCCUAUCUGCCGAAGAAGAACGGGUUGUACCUGAGUCUGGUUCUGGGGAAUGUCAACGUGACACUUUUGAGCAAGCAGGCUAAGUUCGCUUACAAAGACGAGUAUGAGAAAUUCAAGCUCUACCUCACCAUCAUCCUCAUCGUCAUCUCCUUCACCUGCCGCUUCCUGCUCAACUCCAGGGUGACAGACGCCGCCUUCAACUUCCUGCUGGUUUGGUAUUACUGCACGCUAACCAUCCGGGAGAGCAUCCUCAUCAAUAAUGGUUCCAGGAUCAAAGGCUGGUGGGUUUUCCAUCAUUAUGUGUCUACAUUUCUGUCAGGAGUCAUGCUGACCUGGCCAGAUGGACUCAUGUACCAGAAGUUCCGGAACCAGUUCCUGUCUUUCUCCAUGUACCAGAGCUUUGUGCAGUUUCUGCAGUAUUAUUAUCAGAGCGGCUGCCUGUACCGCCUGCGUGCCCUGGGCGAGCGACACACUAUGGAUCUCACUGUAGAGGGCUUUCAGUCUUGGAUGUGGAGAGGCCUCACCUUCCUGCUUCCGUUCCUCUUCUUCGGACAUUUCUGGCAGCUCUUUAAUGCGCUGACAUUGUUUAGCUUGGCCCGGGACCCUGAGUGCAAGGAGUGGCAGGUGCUCAUGUGCGGCCUCCCCUUCCUCCUCCUCUUCCUCGGCAAUUUCUUCACCACCCUCCGAGUGGUGCAUCAGAAGUUCCACAGCCAGCAGCACGGGAGCAAGAAGGAUUAAGUUAAACCUGAUGCCAGCCCCAAAGGGGCUUCUGACCUGUGUGCCAGGUGGGGCGGCAGGUUGGGGCACCCCUCAUGUGUAGGGGGUUCCCUUCUGUGCCCCCUGGGCUUCGUGGGCUCUGUGGGCCCUGAGGAAGGCCUGGGCCUGGAGCCCAGCUUUCAGGAUUUGGGUUCUAGGCCUCAAUAAAGGAAGAGCGGCAUGGA